UUACUAAAUUGUAAAUACUUCCACCUCAGGACUCAAGUAGCUCUACUUCGCAAAAAUUAUAAAAUACAAAAUAAAUAAAAUAUAAUAUGCUAUUUAAAUUUUAAUGUUUCAAGUUUUUAAAUUUCUAUAGAAAAACAAACAAUUUUAUGAUUCGUUAUUUGCAUUAUUUAAUGUACGUUUUAAAAUGUGAAAAAUAAAUAAAAUAUCUUAUAACCAUGACUAUCUACAACAUCUAUAUUUUUGAUCGAAUGGGUACAUUAUUAUAUCAUACAAACUGGAAUCGUCUUAAACAAUCGGGAAUGAGCAGUGAAGAAGAAGCCAAAUUGAUGUAUGGUAUGUUAUUUUCUAUCAAGUCAUUUGUUUCUAAAAUAUCACCACUUGACCCUAAACGUGGAUUUUUGUGUUACAAGACUAGUAAAUAUGCAUUACAUUAUUAUGAGUCUUUAACUGGUGUUAAAUUUAUUUUAAAUACCGAUGUCACAGUGAAAAAUGUCAGAGAUUUAUUACACCAAUUAUAUAAAGAAAUUUAUGUGGAGUAUGUUGUAAAAAAUACGGAAUGUGAAAUGGGACAACCUAUUGAGAGUGAAUUAUUUAAAUUUAAACUCGAUCAAUUUAUAAAACAGCAUAUGAAAAGCUUACAAUAAUAAAAAUAUAAUUUUAUGAUAUAAAAUAAUGUAAGCUAUAUAUUUAUUUGAAACUGGAAGUAAUAAAUUAUUUAAUCUAUUUAAUUAUCAUUUA